AUGCCAUCAUCGACCCGUGCUAAGACGGCUAAUGCUGCAGCCACAACCGCUGUCGCUGGAGCAUUUCCGCAACACCUAGUUCCACAGACGUCGUUGAGAACGCUCGUGGAACCCGAAGACGAUGGACCAAGCGCGCAGAUAUCGCGCGAAACGGCUUAUAAGCAGCCGCAUGCACCGGACAGCGCUCAACAGCAGCCUAACGGACCCUCCGACGACGAUGACCCGUCCUCCGAGGAUGAUGAAGACGACGGCAACGACAGCGAUGCUGAAGAAAGAGACGGCUCUGAGGAUGACGAUCCUCCAAGGGCCUCCAGUGCCCGCAGCACAUCCUCAGCACGCCGUCUAAAGAGCCGGUCGCCUAUCCUGGGCACCGACAUCCCCAAGGAUAGCAAGAAGCGCAUUAAGCACGCAUUCCGUGCUAUCAAGCGCAGUAGAGACUACGCACGGGUAGAGAGACUCACCGGCGCGCCCACCUAUCGUCAAUGGCGAGAAAACAUCUCCGCAGCCCUCGAACAGGAUAGCCUGAUGAGCAUCCUCGACGGCACCAUCAAGGAACCCCCGCAGGACCACGACCUUCGAUUCGAAUGGGAAUCCAUCAAUAUCCGCGCUGGAAGAGUCCUACUAAGCACUGUCUCAAAGGAGAUAAACAAGGACCUCGCGCAGUACUAUCUACGGCCACGCUUCAUCUGGAAGCAGAUCAAUUCUCAGCACUCCGUCUCAGACAUCCAGACGACGCGCGACGGUUUCGACGCACUCAGACGUACGGUUAUCAGCCGCUGCUCUGGAGUAGCAGAUUACGUCCAUAAGAUCGAGCAAGCAUGCGAAUAUGCGCAGACAGGACGCCCCCGGAACACCGAUUGGGAGAUCAACCGAUGCUGGCACCUCCUUACCAACCUAGACACGCCUAGAUAG